AUGAGUAUAUAACAAAAAAGGUAACUCCUCGUGACACAAUCCAAUCAGAAAUGGGUGGAGACAACACUGAAACCAACCCAACCCAAACCCUCAUCUUCACCUACGGCACCCUCAAGCGCGGCUUCCCCAACCACAAUCUCCUCCUCGAAAUGCUCUCCUCCGGCGACGCCGAUUUCAUCGGCGUCUACACCACCGCCGAUAAGCUCCCCCUCGUCUGCGGCCCCUUCAAAGUCCCUUUCCUCCUGAAUCUCCCCGGAUCAGGCCACCACGUCGCGGGGGAAUUGUACUCGGUGUCCGAUAAGGCCCUGGUCCGCAUCGACGAGCUGGAGGGCUUGGCCACGGGGCAUUACGAGAGAAUGCCGGUGCGACUGAACGGAGUUUCGGCGGCUCAGGCGUAUUAUGCGCACCGGAAUUAUGCGAUGGAUCUGUGGAAGAGGAAUGGGGAGAAGGGGUUUGAUUGUUACACGGAGGUUCAGGCGAAAGGGUAUGUGAGACGGGGAGAUAGGCCGAGGGGAGUUUCGUUUUUGGAUCAUAUCAGGAAUUUUGUAUCGUCUUCUAAUUAGACGGAUUGGUUUAGAUUGGAUUGGGAUUGUUCGAUUGUUUGUUGAUUAUGAAAUCAACCGAAUUUUAUGUCAGUGAUUCAGACUUGUGGGUAUAUUGCUGUUGUUAUUUGUUAAGUUUCCAUUUGGUCUUGAACGAGCCGACUAGGAAUCCUUCCCAGCCAUGUUUUACGAAGGUCUUGCAAUACGUGUCGAGUCCUCCGUCUCAUAUCAAUAUUAUUAAACGGGACGGAGUGAGUAGAAUUAAUGUAUUAUUCAGGAGUAGUAUUAUUCAAGAGUCAAUUUGUCUGCUCAUGGCAACUAAAGGUUAGUAGAGAUAACUCAUGGAGAAGGAUAGUUGAGAUAACUACCCCUUGAGGCCAUCGAAUGGUAUAAUAAAUGUAUGUCAUAGGUAAAAUAUAGCAGAAAGAUCACAAAAGAUCUUGCAAUUUGGUUUCUACAUUACAUACAAGUUAUAGUAUGUUUGAUAUUUAAAUGCACCUAUAGUCAUUUUAUGA